GCCGAAGUAGACAACUUGUUUUGAGUUAACAAAUUCCAAGUCGUAACUUAUUUCGAAAUUAAAAAUGGAAAAUUCGAUUACUGAAUUAAAAUUUGAUGUGCUUAACGGUAAAAAGGAAGUGAAUAUUAACGAGUGCUAGGAAGUAAUAGUUUCAGAAUCACUAAGUGUCCCUAUAAAGGAGUUUACAAGUGAUCUAAUCACACUAAGGGGAAGUUUUUAAUAUGCCUGUAGGUGGUAGAGUUGCAGGGAAAGUAAGUGGAAUAGUUUCCAAUAAUUACAACGGGCGAUCGUACCAGGGGAUCAACGAAGAAAUAAUAUGGGUCAGUAUAGGAAUGGGAAUAGCGAUCGCUGUACUUAUAACGAUAGCACUUUGUUAUAUAAUGAGAGAAAAGUGUAUAGAAAGGAGGGAGUAUUAUAUAACUGCAUGACUUGUGGCACCGCAGCAAAAUCAAGAGCAUUUCACUAUAAAGUGCUACACGUAACAUCCCUACAUUCCAGAAGUGUCUACAGAAGAAUAUUUCUUAUCAAGACGAAUUGCGAAAACAGUAUUUUGAAAAAUAUUGGUUGUUCUAUUACCAAAAGCUCUCAAGCUUUCAUUUCAAAUUACGUUGAAGAUAUAAACUUCAGAUUAUUUUUUGUUAUGAUUUUACUCAUUUUCAGUAGAAAUUCUCUUGAAUAAAUGACUGUGAUUAAUAUUUAUUUUCAUAGAGUAACUGCUAUUAAACUGUAACAAAAAAGGUACUCGAAAAUUUGAAAUUAUUAUUCAUUUGGAUUACUUUCGAAAUUAAUUUAAUUAGAAACAAUAUGCAUGUGUUUAUACCAUUUCCAAUUUUUAAAUGCACUUUCUUAAAUUAAAAAGAAUACUUUGUAUCAUAUGUUCAGUAUUUAUUUUAUGACGUCACGCAAUAUGGCGGCCUUACUGAAAUGUUUAAACUACCUACAACAUUUUUCAAUUUCCAAUAAUUUAUAAAAACAAAAAAAGUACUAGGAAAUUUAAAAUUUUGAAUCAAUUGGAUUAUUAAUUCACUUAGAAGUAAUAGACACGUGUCAAUACCAUUUCCAAUUUUUAAAUACACUUUCCUAAAUGGCAUUCAUUUCCCUUUUCGAAUUUUGUUCAAUAUCAUUGAGGUAGCUAAAUCACGUUUCUCGAACUCAUAUUUUAAAUUGCGAGAAUAAAAAAAAAUUUUAAAUCGUAUAGUAUAAAUUGUAUUCUUAACUUCAAACCUCAAAACUGUUGAGAAGAAUUCAUGAUGAAUUACAUUAGAGCUCCCUAGAGCGAUUUGUUUAGAGAAAGUUCAGCUCAAUUGGAACGAGCCUAGCGGCGAUGUUGACCGAAAGCCAGCAAGUUUUAUGAGAGACAACUCUAAAACUAGUGUAAGGAUCGCGAGGUUAACCGGAACGAGGCAUGUUUCAAUGAUGUCUAAAUCAUACUUCCCUUUAAUAUACUCCCCCCCCUCACCACACAUCUUUCCAUACGUUUUUUCCAUUGAUCGAAGUAGUGCUGGAAGUCUUCUUUGGUGAGGGUCUUCAGGAGCUCUGUCGUUUUUUGCUUUACCGCUUCCAUCGACUCAAAUCGGGUUCGUUUCAAAGCAGAUCUUUUUCUAAACUUUAUAACCUUCAAGGAAAUCAGAGCAGACCCGUUGACGCAAGAGCUUUUGGUCAGGAGUCAGAUUUUUUGGCACCAACUUUGCACAGAAUUUUGUCAUGUGUAAUUCGUCAUCUAAAAUUUUUCUAACCGUUUCUUUAUCGGCUUUUACAGCCACGGCAAUCAUCCGGAUGCUGAUUCAAAGACCUGCACGCUCAAUUUUGUUGAUUUUGGUCCUGUUUCCGGAGUUGAAACAGUCACAGGGCGACCUGGGCGCUGGUCAUCUUCAGUGCUCUCUCGGCCAUCACUAAAGAGCUUACAUAACUCAAAACACGCGCACGACUUAGAGAAUUGUCUCCAUGGGACUCUUGCAACAAUUUAUAGUACUCUAUCUGAGUUUUUUUCAAUUCAACGAGAAAUUUGAGAUUGAUACGUUGCUCCUGUUUUUUUGUCACGCGUGCUGAGAAAAAAAAAUAUUAUAUUAGUGUUUUGGGACGUGUAUAGACAAGAUAUCUGGGGAUAUCCAAAGCACUACUCGUUUUGUACGUACUAAGGCGCCCUCUAGGCUCGCAACCUCAUUAUUUGAUAGCCAGACCUCGUAUAUGCUUUUGUAUUAUAGUAAAGUAUAUAACCUAACCCCUUCGGUUGGAGAAUUCUUCCGCAGGAAGUGGUAUUCGGCCUCAGUUGAAGUAUAUAAAUAACUGUGUAGUAUAAACCAAAGUCUGUUUAUUAAAAAAUAUAGUAAACUAAAACAUAUUCGUUACAAACGUUAAUAAAGUCCAGCAUGUCACAGGACCGCACUCAGCACUUAAUAAAUAAUUUGUGGUUUUAUACAGGGUAUUGAUAACUUUUUUUGAGAUUAUAUAUAGACCGUGGUAUAUUAUGAUAGGAUGUGCACGUGCUUAUCACGUACUGAUCAUUGUUUUGGUUUACUAUAAUACAUAACAGAUACUAUUAUUUUUGGUUUGUAAGACACCGUUUCGAUCUUCACUUGAAAAUGUAAAAGAGGAAUUUCUUAAAGUGUACAAUCUCAAAAUUUAAUGAAUGGAUUAUGACGAAUGGCCAAAAACUUUUGAUCGGUGGUGUACUUUAUAUACAUAUUCCACUCAUUGUUCAUGAAUAUGAAGAUAUCAGAUGAUAGAUAUUUUUUCUUCCGACCAACAUUACGACUGGUAGCACGUUGCAAGUUGACCCCAAAACCUCUCGAUGCCUCAAAAUAUGCUCCCGUUUUUGAAAGCGCCAAUAAAGCUUCCGUUUGACUCUGAGGGGUCAAGUAUAUGACAUUUUUCAGGAAAAUAAUAAAUAGAAAAAUUUUAAUGGGAAAACUAAACAUAAAAUAUUCAAGGUUUAAUUAUUGGAAAGAAAAACAAUAUAAAGAUAAAUUCAGACGAAAAUGUUAUUUCUGAAAAAUCGUUUAUUAUAUUAUAUAUUUAUAAAUUAUGCUCAAAUAUACCUAAAUGAUUUAGAAGUAGAAUAAUGUGUGUUUAGGGUAUAUUGGUAGAGUUUUGAGCUAGUAUAGGCUAUAAUCAUUUUUUUGAAAUAUUGAUUGUGAAAAAAUAAGUUUUGCAUGUGAAAAAAGCGCACAAUAAUAAGCAACUCUGUAGUUAUUAAACUUGAAAACAACUAUAAAUGACUAGAAAAUGUAUAUUUUUAAUUUUUUUUUGAAAAAUAUAUAACUUAUAUUUAGUUCACACGAGGCCAGUGAGGUUGGCAGCCAACGCUGGUUUAGUAUUUGCCUUGUCUAAGCCAAACAAGUGCCGGCGGCCAAAGCUGGAGAAAAUAGAGCGCCCGUAGCCAGUAACCUCCGCCCACAUAACCCUUUUGUUUUUGUUUUUCUAGUAUAAAUUGUGAUGGUUUGGUGACACGGUAAAAAUUACUCAGGUUUUGAUAACUCAUACCAGUUGCUGAGAACAUUUAACGUUCCUUCUAAUUUCAAUUCUGCUGGUAAUAAAUCAGAGUGUCUUAGCGCUGAAUCGAGCUCUUUAUAAAUGGAAAUAGCUCAUCAAAGUUUCCAGCAGUAACCUGCAACGCCAACCUGUACUCAAAAGGAUCUACUAAUUUUAGUUGUUACAGCAACAAGGCACAAGUUCCAGUUAUAGGUUUUGUUCCUAAUAUAUCAAUCUUAAUAUUGCAGAGAUGCUCUUUAAACAUUUCUUUUUCAGUAGAAUUUGCCGCGAAAUCAUUAUUUUUUAACUUCACACGUGUGUAUACCAGAAAGAAAAUCCUCAAAUAACAGGGGCCAGGCCAACGCUGGGUUGUCUCCAGGACCGGCGUCAGCAUUAUCAGCUUCUUAUAAACUCUGCUUCAAUGAUUCUUGAGCUUGACAAUUUGGAUACAUGGGAUUAAAAAGAUAGAUGGAGAGUUCCUAAAUAAAGAUAGAAAACUAUUUCACGACGGAACGGCUCUUUGCCGCAUCGAUUACGUUCAAAUUAUAGGGGCUUGGAUUGAAUUUUUAAUUAAGGGUUUGGGGAUAAAAACAUAAAUAAAAAUUGUUUUAAUCCAAUUAUGUGCACAUUACUCUAUGAAAUAAUGAUUAUCACGCUAUCAGCAUCCAGUUGGUUCGCUUUCUUAAUGUUUGUCAUUUUAUGUUGGAUUAAAUUAUGAAAUACUGAAUUUGGCAUUCGUCAAUUUUGCCAAAAAUAUUCUUAGACUUAAAUGGAAUAUCUUUGCAUAAUGAGCAGUUGCCAAAAUACGAAAUUUCUAGAUCUAACUUACUCUUUUCCAUAUAUUUGGAUUGUAAGAGGAAUUUCCGAAGGACAAAUGUAUGCUGAAGAACGACCACGAGAAAGUAUCGCCAACCACACCAAUACUUUCGAGUUGUGAUUUUUCUUUUGAAAUACACUUCUAAAUAUAUAAAUAUUCAUUAUCGAUAAUGAUUUCCAAACCUUUAGCGGGCGUAAACUCGUGUCAUUGAGACUUCAAGUUUGGAUUUUUGUUACAUUUCUUACUUUUCAGAAUAUUUAGGUGUCUAUCUCUAUUUUUGAACUACAUUAUGAAUAUUUAGAAUGUUGCUUACAUAUUUUUUAUCAAUUUUAAAUUUUCUGCCUAAUUUACGCAUACUGCCCUCUCCCCAGUUUCUCGUAAACCGUCUUAACCAAAGCUUUUUCUAGCUGAUAAUGACUUUACCUGUCUUAACAAACCGACAGAUGUCGUAAAUAUUUUGUCUGGAUAUUCCCAUUCUCACAAAGUGAUUAACCGUAAACGAUUUCUUCAUAUCUGGACUGGCAAUUAUUUGGCAUUCGAUAUUUGACUUACUUAUCCCGAUUUUGAUCUUAACCUACGACUGAGGUUCGUGAAGUGCUACGUUUGGUCGGUGCUUAUCUAAGGCAUGGAAGACUGAACAUUGAAGACGACUGUGAUUAACAAGUUGGAGUGUCUUGGACGGCUAGAUUGAAAUUCUGAGGCACAACGGCAAACAACGAGAUUCAUUUGAAAAGAAUUUUUGCACCUACUGACCGAAGGUAAAACUGAAGGAAAGAGGGGGAUCGGAAGGAAGGAAAUAUCUUGGCUAUGAAACAUCAGGCAGUUUGCAGGACUACACGAUAUACAAUCCUUAAUACACACCGCAAGAAAUAGAAAAGCGAUGGAAAAUGUUAUCGCAAAUAUCCAUUCAUGGAUAUGCAUUGAAAGUUUUCUUUUAGAUUAAUGUUUAUACUUGGGACAUUUAACAAUUGCUAAAUUACAAGACACAAUUAAUUAUAAUAAUAUAAGUCAACGUCUACUUAACUUGGUAAGCUUCCUAAAAAUGUACUGACUUCUUGUUCCCACACCCUUAUAUAAAUUUUUUAUGUCAUACUCCAUCCUCCAGACAUUGCUAUUCCAGUUAUUAUAUGUUUUAUUAUGCUCCUAUUAACAAAAUUUAAUGUGCUUGUUAUUAUUAUAUUUAUUGUUAUUUUCAGGAAAUUAUCGGUAGAGUGGACUUUUUAAUAGUAUUGUAUAAAUAGAGUUAACGGCCUAGUAGGUAGAUUUAAAAUUUGUCCUUAUCUGUGGACCAAUAUUUAACCAAGAUUAUGAAAAUUAGAAAAACUGUCAAUUGGAUUGUUUUGUAUUAAAUAGUUAGUAUAUUGUGAAACUAUCUUAAAAUCACCAUUGACUAUAAUCGAAGCUAUUGAUUAUAAGCAUGAUCUUGCAGCGAUACUAAAUAGCCCAGUGUUUACAUCCGAACCGUAAAACCCACUUCUUUUAGAAAAUCCAGAGUGUUGGAUUGCUGUAGCUGCCAGAUAUCUUCGUCUUCUAUUUCAUUCGCUCCUAAAUGUUGUGAUCUGGAGUUUCACACUUCGAGAGAAUGUGGAGAAGUUCCGUCCUCUGUGCACCAAAUUCUGCACGUCAAAUUAUCUUAGUCUAGUGUCUAUUGAGGCUACAGCACCCCGAUAUUCUCUGGUUAUAGUUUCCCAAGAGAGUCUUUCCCUGCCCAGCUCAUGUAGGCUGUCCCAAUAAUUGGUUUCGCUCCUGUCUAUCUCCUUUUUAAAUACUUUUUCCAUUGUUCUGUAGCUGAUACCACAGAAAGGUUCAGGUCCCAUGAAGGAAUCCAUUGUAGGGUAAUUUUAUUAUUCUUGCCGAGUUCGGAUUUUGUGAUAUUGGAGCUUGAUGCUCUAAUGCCUAUUUGACUAUCGGACAUGAUGAUGAUCUGUUGGUUGCGAUGAUAGAUUGAAUUGGACAAACUCUGUCGUCUGCUGCUUUAGAUCCGUCUGUAUACCAUUCAAUGGUAUUUCUGUUUAUUUCACGUAUGGUGCUUCGAUCCCAAUUACUUAUAUAGAUUAGAAUUGAGGCUAAAUUUUUUCGUUGAUUAUCCUGAGACAUGUCCUAUUACUGGAAAGAUAAGAUAAAACAACACUUAUAAUGUGUAGAGACGGAAUCCCCAAGGAAAAACCGUCUGAUGUUUGUUUGAAAAUAUGAGACUUAAGUGGUGUUGACUCAAGCAUUAAUGCAAAAGACGUAGCUACCGCCAUCUUUCAAAAUGUUUCAAACUUUCUUAAAAAUAGAAAAACUAAAAAGUCUAAAGCCUAUGAAUUAAUAAGUAUCUAAGAUUUAGAAAUUUUAUUGUAGACACGUUUAUAAAAAAUUGUUAUAAAAAUGGAUUGACUUAAAUGUGAAAUAAUGGCGGGUUUUGCGGUUUUUGGAGGUGUUUCGAAAAUUUAGGAACGUCAAAAAAUAAGAGCAUAUAUUUUAGACGUCUAUGCUUCAUCUAAAGAGCUGUCAAGUUCUUCACAUCAAUUUUUUUUAUUCAUUGUACAAUCUUAAAUAUUAGAAAAAAUUUAAACUUCAAUAUAUACCUAUAUAAAAGAUAGUGAACCUAUUUUAUACAUAAUUUAUGAUAGCCUCGAUUAAAGUCGUUGGUGUUCCCGGUAAAAACGAACCUAUAUUAUCUAUUAUAAACAUUUUCAAAACAUAAAUCUGUUAUUUAUUCUUAUCUGCAAUAAAUUAUGUGGUUCAUGAACUGA